AUGCUCAGAGUCACGCCCCUGCCCCCAUUUCGUCGGCGAAUUAUCACCCAAACUACGCCCAAGCUGGCUAUCCCCAGCCCCAGUACGCUUCUCAUCCAGGUUAUCCCCCCGGCGCAGCCUCCAUACGCUGCUCCUUAUGGGGCAACCCCACCUGCGUCAUCCCAGUGGCCCGCGCAGCCGAACCAUGCCCAACAGCAGCAGCAGCAGCAAGGAGGAUACCAGGGCGGCCGCCAUCGAGGAGGGUGGCAGAACGACCGAGGGGUUCUCGCUCGGGCUCGUCCGGGAGGCCAGGCGGCUAUCGAGACGAUGCUGCCCGCGCAGCCGCCGCUGGCGCGGCUGCUAGUUAUCCUGCUUCCGGCGCUCCCUACCCAGAUCCCCACGCACCAGUUCCUUACGCUCAGCCCGCUCCCCAAGCAUACCACUACGCGCCCCCCUCCACCGCCCGCCGCCGUAGCAGCCUCCGCAGGCUCGGCCGGACGCCACGAUCCCUACUUUGGUCAUAGCCAUGGUCACGACCAGCCAGCCCAUGGAAAGAAGAAGAAGCGCAAGGUGAACACGCUUGGGCUUACACCAGGAGAUGUUUCGGGAUCCGAGGAAGACGAUGACGACGGUGAGGAAAAGAAGUUGAGCGACCUGAUGGGUAAUGAAGUCAUUGAGAUACCCGAUAUGGCCGCCUACAUUGCCGAACGACGAAAGCGAUAUCCCACCAAGGCUCGAGUCGAGGCUAAGAAGGCAACGGAAGCAUCUGAAACCCAACAGGCAGAUGAAGAGACGUCACGGUUAGAGCGCGAGGCUGACAAGCUUCGCCGGCAGCUGAAGAAGGUGGAGUCUUCAAUCAAGCGCAAGCGUGAACAGCAAGAUGAAGGAGACGAGAUGAGAGAUCCGACUCCCGAAGAGGGGUCGGACAAUGACAAGCCUGAAGUUCAGUCAAGUCGAGUAAGGGAGGCUGCCAUUCGAGAGAAGGAGGCGAACAAUGGUCAGUUGACGAUCAAGCAACGUCUGAUAUUGAACGAUAAAGAGCAAGAAGACCUCGCUGUCCUCGAGUCCAUCCAAUACCUUAGAGAGAAAGGUUUGGUCAAGACGACCCCGGCAGUCAAGCUCGAGAGUCCCUCUUCGGCGCAGACUUCGCCAAACAAGCCAUCCAAGUCACAGAAACCUGCCGGGCCUACCACUUCGACCCUCCCGGCUCCUCCCCUCACUCCCUGCCCCACCUAA